AUGGGCGUAGGCGAUGAGAGAGGCAACUGGACCGACGUCCGCCGCCUCGUUGGCGAGGGUGCGGAUCCCAACUGGCAAAACGAGGAGGGCCACACACCUCUGUACAUUGCGUGUCAAAGGGGGCACGAGAGUAUGGUCAACAGCCUCAUCAGCUACGGUGCUGACAUCCACAAGUGCUCCACACGAGGCGAGACCGUGCUGCACGUCGCGUCACGGUUUGGGCACAUCAAGGUGUUCCGCGCUCUCUUAUGGAGGAAGGGUCUCAGCGUUGACCAGCGCGACAACGAGGGGCGAACCGCUCUCUACAUUGCGUGUCGAUAUGGUCACGUCGCCAUUGUGGAAAAAAUCGCCUUUGCUCGGACCCUCCUCGGCCGUCGACCCGACCUCGACCAGCGCGCCAAUGAUGGCACCUCCGCCCUGUUCACGGCAUGCGAGCACGGGCAGGAUCACCUCGUCAAUCUACUCAUGUGGAACGGUGCGAGCCCGACGGGUGAAGACAACGAGGGGCGAACGCCACUCUACAUUGCCUCGUUGCACGGGCACAAGGCCAUCGUGCGCGACCUCCUGCUCUAUCGGUGGGGAAAUGUGCGACAAGCGACCAAGCGCGGAGAGACGCCGUUGCAUGCGGCGUCGUCGCGAGGCCACGACGCAGUGGUGCAGAUCCUCUUGGUCGCCGGCGCCAGUGUCGAUCAAUGCAACGAUCGCGGUCAAACCCCGCUCUGGAUCGCUGCCAAGGAAGGCCAUCUGUCGACUCUGUAUUUGCUGGUCGGCAAAAGCAAUGCGAAUGUCGACCACGCAGACGAGCUCGGUCGCACCCCACUGUUCAUGGCAGUUGAGAGCGGACACCUCGACAUUGUCAAGUUCCUCAUCAGCGAAGGCGCCAACGUGACUCAAGUCGCAAAGGACUAUGCGACACCUCUCUACGUUGCCGAAACAAAGGGUCGUCCUGCCAUCGUCGCGGUGAUCCUGGAGGCCAAGAGCCGGCAGCGCCAGACCCCUACAACUGUCAUCACCACGAAAACUACGAUUGGUGUUCAGCAAAACGGCAACUACGCCAUCAACAACGGCUCUCUUGGCUUUGGCCUCUCGCCGAGCUGCCAAGUUAUGUGGGCGGUGCUCGCGGCGGCUGCCCUCAGCUGCGUAGGAGCCUUGGCCCCCGGCCGCAUUCAAUUUAGCCCGACAACGUACGCCGCCACGAACCAGUGGGGCUCAGUCGUCCUCCUUCUCCAACGUGCCUUGGGCGCAGACGGGCCCGCGUCCGUUUUGCUCAACUCGCAAAAUGGCUCGGCCGUCGCGGGUGUCGAUUUCGCUCCGAUCGUCAACCUCUCGGUCGCGUGGGCAGCCGGCAGCUGGGCGCCGGUUCAAGUCCCGAUCGCGUUCCUCCCGCGCGUUCUGUUGCGGGACGUUUCUUUCUCCAUUAACAUGAGCCCCGGCGAUGGCACGACGCAGAUUUACCCAAGCAUGGCGACCGCGACUGUGACCAUCCAAUCCAUAAACCUGGACCUAGGCGACCUCGCGUUUGCAGCGCCGGCCAUCAACAUUUCCGUGCCGACAACACUCGCACCAACGACGCCGUAUCCUGUCUCUCUUUCCGUAGAGCGCCUUGGCGGUAGUACAGGCAGUCUCCAAGUCGAGUAUGCCAUUGCGCCCGUCCCCAACCUCGACCCCGCACAAGUGCCGAUUCCCGAUACUGAUUUUUCCUUACCGACAUUUCCCGGUGGCAACGUGCUCUUCUGGGCCGACGGCGAUGCGACCCCCAAAACGAUCACUUUGAGCUUCUUCAACGCGGCAAUUUACCACAGUGCAAAGCAGUUGUCUCUGCAGCUGCUGCGUCCGAGCGGCGGCGCAUUGCUCGCAUCGCCAUCGACCAUUCUGUUGACAGUGCUGGGCACCAACCAAGCUGUGCCGGCUGGCGUCUUUCAGCUGGGCGCGCCUUGCUUUUCGGUUUGCGCGGCGACGACGUACUCUGUCGACGAAGGCGGCGCCGUUCGGGUGUACGUCGAGCGACGCAACGGAGCAGUUGGCGCCGUCUCGGUGCAGUUCGAAGCGACGCCCGACCCGAGUACCAACACGAUUGCGACCACGGACUUUGUGCCGCAGCGAGGAACUUUGAGCUGGCAAGACGGCGACGGCGCCAGCCAGAGCUUUGUCGUUCAAACGCAAAUCUCCCCAAACACGCAAAAACGAGUGGUUGUGACCUUGACUAACCCCACCGGCGGCGCAUCGCUAUCACCUGUCGCUAGCAGCACCAGUAUUUCGGUCCUGUCGCUUCCAUUUGCACCGCCUUUGGGUGGGGAAGUCAACGUGGUCACCGUACCCGCUCUCCAAACGGCGCUGAGCGGUAUGCCAAUGGCGAGUGACCAGCUGCUCCAGGCGCAAAUCCCAGUGUACCAGUCUGGGAUUGGCCCCACCGCACCAUGGGUUGUGAUACAGGCCGGCACAUAUACGUUCACCGUGCGUCGGUCAAGAGGGAGUGUCGGUGCCGCCUCUGUCUACGUUCAGACCGUGGGCCAGACGGCGCAGCCUGACGUCGACUUUGUCAGCGUCGGACAGCGAAUCUCGUGGCAGGACACUGACGCGCGCGACGUCACCGUGUCGCUGACGAUUCUGUCACCUCCUUCCACGCACUUCAGCGGCACCGCGUCGCCGCCGCGCACGCUGUCGAUCGUUUUGUCCGACCCGCAGACGGUGGUGCUCGGACCUUCGGCGCAGUACGCGGUGUAUCUGCAGGCGACGGCGCAAGUCCCGACGCUGGUCGGCGCGCAAUUGGAGAUGACGGGCCGCUCGUUAACGCUACAGUACUCGAGACCUGUGCUGGCGACCACGGCCAACGUGGCGUCUCUGAGCGUUGCAGCCUCUACAGGACUGUACACUCUGAGCGCGUCCUCGACCGUGGUCCCCCGUCCUGACCCGACACUUGUGUUUGUCCAGUUGGCUCCCAGCGAUGUCAACGCGCUUCAAAGAGCUGGCCUCGCAGCAUCUAUUUCGACAACAAACAUCGCGUAUCCCACAGGAUUCGUGGAAUACCCAACCUUCAACUGCGCCUCCACGUCGAUAAACGGGUGUGUGGUUCCCCCACUGCCGGCUCAGACACCCUUUCCGGCAACCGCGUUUGUCGGCGACACGCUGGCUCCAUCGCUGCUGCGAUUCGUCUAUGAUGGCCAGUACCUCCAGCUCCGGUUCUCCAAGGUCGUCAACCCCUCCUCCGUGGUGCCAUCACAACUGCAGCUUUGCGACAGCCUCGCACGCACUGCCUGCGCCUUGCUCUCGAGCGCUAGCUAUGUCGUUGCAGGCACGCGGUCGGUGGGUGGUCUGGCGGCGUUACCUCCGGUGCCGAGUGACGGCACGCUCAUCACCAUCUUUGUCGCGCCAAUGGACAAGGCGCGGAUCGAUGCCACCGGCGUCAUUGGCCGGUCGCCAGCAACGACGAUUCUCGUCGCGACCAAUCAAAUCGCCGAUAUCAUGGGGCACUCGCUGUUGCCUCCGUAUUUUCUGAGUGCAUCAGCCACCGCGGACUGUUCGCCGUGCCCGACCUCCUCGUACCUCUCGGCGCGCUGCUCCGACUCGCAGAGCCGAGUGUGCUUACCGUGUACGGUCUGCGCGGCCGACCACUUUGCCGAAAUGACGUGCUCGCCGACCCACGACACUGUUUGCCAGCGGUGUACGCAGUGCCAGCGCGAAACGUUUGCGUCGACCAAGUGCUCGCCGAGUACGGACCGCGUCUGCCGUGCCUGCGCUCUCUGCUCUGCGGACGAGUUCGAGGCAGUGCCAUGCUCUACCGAAGCCAACCGCGUGUGUCAUACGUGCAACUCGUGCUCGCUGACGCCAGCGCAAAAGACUUUGUGCGCCCAAAGCGUAUCCUGGGAGCGUCGGCAGCAGUCGCCGUUUGGGUGUCCGACCCCAAACCAGCAGUGGACGAGUAGGGAAGAGCAGCUCCAGUCGUUCAAGUCGAACGCGUGCGGUGCGGGGCGCUGCUCGUGCACGGGCCAUGGCAUUGGCAACAACAACCCGUCGGGACUGGCCUUUCCCAACGACCCUCGCUGCACCGGGCCCGAGACGUACGGAAUUCUUCUCUAACGCGAUAUUUGCCGAAUCCGAUAUCGUGAAAAAGGGCACGUCUUUACAAAUUUCAAAACUUGCAAGGAUACAU